AUGGAAUCACAUGAGAAGAACUGCAAGGUCAACGGUGACACCCUUGACCUUGGUACCAACAUGACCUUCGAGAUGAAAGAGAAUGGCUCACCAGCCGAACCCCGUCGGCUCAGGAACCUGGACGACCUGUUCCCGUACAUAGGCCAGUUCGGGUGGUACCAACGCAUCCUGUUCCUCCUCAUGAUUCCAUACUCUUUCUUCUUCGCCUUCGUGUACUUCGCGCAGAUCUUCAUGACCGUGGUGCCUGCUGAGCACUGGUGUCAUGUGCCCGAACUGCUCAAUCUGACAGUUGAGGAAAGACGACACCUAUCAAUACCAUUAACAUCACAUGGCUACGACAAAUGCAGCGUGUACGACGUGGAUUGGACUAAAGUUCUACAAGAUGGCGUCCGCGAGCCGGACACAAAAUGGCCGAUCAAGAAAUGCGAGCAGAAAUGGGAGUUCAAUUUCACCGAUGUGCCGUACGAAACGAUUGCCUCGGAGCUUGGCUGGGUUUGCGACAGAGACAACUAUCCUGCGACAGCACAAUCGAUCUUCUUUUGCGGGGCCAUAGUUGGUGGUCUAUUAUUCGGAUGGGUGGCUGACAAGUUCGGCAGAGUUCCAGCUUUAGUUGGGACCAAUAUGGCUGGUUUCCUUGCUGGCGUCGGCACUGCAUUUGCCAACAGUUUCUGGUCCUUCUGUUUGUGCAGAUUCUUCGUUGGUCUGGCGUACGACAACUGUUUCGUCAUCAUGUAUAUACUUGUGCUCGAGUACGUCGGACCAAAAUGGAGGACCUUCGUAGCAAAUAUGUCCAUAGCUGUGUACUUCACAUUUGCUGCGUGCAUCUUGCCCUGGAUAGCGUUAGGCGUGGCCAACUGGAAGUACUACACAUUGAUCACGAGCAUACCUUUAGCACUAUCGCUGCUGACUCCCUGGGUAGUGCCAGAGAGUGCUAGAUGGCUUAUAUCUCGCGGCCGGAUAGAUGAAGCAAUGAAGAUCAUCGCAAAAUUUGAAAGGAUCAACGGAAAGAAAAUACCACUAGCCAUCGCUAAAGAAUUUAAAGACACAGCAAUCCAAAUGGCCAAAGAGGACGAGGAGACCAAGAACUACUCCAUAGCUGAUCUCUUCAAGACGCCAAGGUUGCGACGUCACACGAUCCUCCUUCUCUUCAUCUGGACCUCUAUCGCCAUGGUAUUCGAUGGACACGUCAGGAACGUUGGGUCUCUGGGCUUGGACAUGUUCGUCACUUUCACAAUAGCUACUGCCACUGAAUUUCCUGCUGAUGUGCUGCUCAUUCUUCUUUUGGACAGGUUAGGACGCCGUUGGCUAGCUUUCAGUUCAAUGGCGAUUAGCGGAGUCUUCAGCUUUCUGGCAACAACUGUCCCCAUCGGCCUACCGUCAGCUUCCCUCGCUAUAGUGGGCCGUUUCGCCGUCAACAUAUCCUUCAAUAUAGGCAUGCAGUAUGCAGCAGAGAUAUUACCAACAGUAGUGAGGGCUCAAGGCCUGGCCCUUAUUCAUAUGACGGGAUACGUGGCCACCAUACUUGUGCCUUAUAUCGUGUACUUGGCGACAAUAGCAACGGAAAUACCUCUACUCAUCCUUGGCGCGCUGGGCAUCUUAGGGGGUAGUCUAUGCCUGUUCCUUCCCGAGUCUAUGGGCAAGGCGAUGCCACAGACAAUACAGGACGGCGAGGACUUCGGCAGAGGGCAACGUUUCUGGAAUAUGCCGUGCUGCGGCGCUGGGAGGAAGAAUUCAGAAUCUGAGAAAUAA